GAACAUUUCUCAUAAGCCUCAAAUUCGAAACCCUAGGUAGGAAACCUAAUCCCUCUUUUCACACAUCAAACAAACGAUGUCGCACUUUGGAAGAUCCGGGCCGCCGGACAUCAGAGACACCUUCUCCCUUCUCGUCCUCAACAUUACUUUUCGGACGACUGCAGAUGACUUGUUUCCGCUCUUUGAUAAGUACGGAAAAGUUGUCGAUGUGUUCAUCCCCCGAGACCGGAGGUCUGGAGACUCGAGGGGCUUUGCAUUUGUGAGGUAUAAAUACCCAGAGGAGGCUCAAAAGGCUGUCGAGAAGCUAGAUGGAAGAGUUGUUGAUGGGAGAGAAAUAAUGGUUCAUAAUGCUGAACGAAUUCACAAAGGGAGAAUCGAGGAACCUGAGUUCAAGUCCAAAGGAAGGUCAAGGAGCCGCAGUCCUCGUCCAAGGGACAGGGAUAGGGAUAGAGACAGGGAUCACAGAAGGAGAAGCCGCAGUAGAAGUAGGGGUAGAAGUGAACGCGAGCGACCCCGCGGCAGGGAUCGUGAUUCUCGCCACAGAAGCAGGAGCAGAUCUCUAAGCCGAAGCCGCAGCAGAAGUCCUGGUUAUCGCAGGGAAAGAGGAAGAGGCAAAUAUGAUGAUGACAAACGUAGACGAAGUCAGUCCAAUGGAAGUGCUUCUCCUGCUAAACGAAGUCCUAGUCCACGGAGGAGUCCAUCUCCAAACAAAGAAGUUCCUUCUAAGGGUCUUAGUCCAGAUGUUGGUAACCAAAAAGAAAGGUCAAUCACCCCUAAAAGUGUCUCUCCUCGUGGUCGUCGCGAUUCUUUAAGCCCGUCUCCUCGCUCUGAGGCUGAUGUAUGAAAGGGGAAGGUACUGCUUGAUGGAUGUAUGAUAUGGUGCUGUGUUUGGCAGCAUUUGCAUUUCUGUUGUAACUCCAAUCUUUGUUAUCAUGUACGUGGUGGUUGCUAAUGAGUAAUCUCCUGAGAUUAUUGGAAAAGGUUACUACGAUGUACUCCUUUUUUAUUGUACUGAAUCCAUUUGUUGUUUCAGUUUGAUAGUUUCUGUACUCUAAUUCCAAUGGUGUGUCUCUUGACUAUUGAAUUUGAUGUUUGAACUUAAAUGGUAAUUGAACGUUUGACUCA